AUGCGUUUUCAAUGCUCCACUCUUCGUGUCUGUGCUUCUGGUGAUCUCAAGAAACUGCAAAAUUCGUCCACUGUUAAAACAGCCCCUUCCACAACCUUAGUCAAAAAUUCCGUUCAAUACCAAGUGGGCGGUUGGGGCUCAACUUCUUCUGCAUCCACGGAGAACGAUUACUCUUCGCUUCUGGAGGCUUUGAAAACUUAUCUGAUUUGCAAUCCUCAAAAACCUGAACUUUUUGGCUACUCGAAUGAAGUGACCGCUGGAGUUUACCUGGGAGAAAGCAUCCAACAGGCUGCCAAUGUCGAAUCUGCCAUUGAAGAAUUGCAAAACUUUCUUUCAAGUUCAGACUACAGCACUGGUGCAAUUCAAUACUGUGGUGUCAAUGCCAAUGAAACGAUUGGCAUAGCGGUCGAUCUGAAUGGGAAUAUCUCAACAAUUCAAGAAUAUGUCCAAACCUGGCACAAGGGGGGAUGUUUGUCUAACUUUGAUACGAAGACAACUGUCAGUGUUUUUCUUACCUUCCAGGCUGGCGUCAACAAGGCAAAUGGAACCGUUUUAACCUAUUCCCGGCUAUCGCGUGGAUUGCAUGGCCAUCAUAUUUCUCACAGCCACAAACACAAAUGCACAACGGAUACAUGCUCAUAUGUUGAAGUGGUUUCUGGGGAUUCUUGUGCAUCGCUGGUCACCGAAUGCGGAAUCACCGACACCGAGUUCUACGAGUACAAUACUGCAUCAGAUCUCUGCUCAACACUCGUUGUGGGCCAAUACAUAUGCUGUUCCUCGGGCUCAUUACCCGACUUUGCACCAUCUGCUUAUGAAAAUGGCACCUGCUACACGUACAAUAUACAGUCAGGGGACAGCUGCUCGAGUCUGGCCGCUACAUAUAGUCUCACCGAAGCCGAAAUUGAGUCCUAUAACAACGAAACAUGGGCCUGGUAUGGGUGUAGCGACUUGCAAGCGGGCCAGAAUAUCUGUUUGUCUUUGGGAAAUCCUCCCUAUCCCGAGUCAAUUGCCAACGCCGAGUGUGGACCUCAGGUUCCAGGCACUAUUUUCAACAGCACCGAUUCGGGCGACUGGGAGAGCUAUAACCCUUGUCCGUUGAAUGCCUGUUGCGAUGCCUAUGGUGAGUGCGGUAUUUCACCAACAUACUGCACUCGCACUUUCGCCGCGGAUAACAACCCUGGAACAGCGGGAAAUGGAACGAAUGGAUGCCUUUCUAAUUGCGGAACCACGAUCACCAACUGGGCAGUUUCCCCUUCUUCAUUCUCCAAGGUCGGCUACUGGGAACCAAGUAGUCUUGAGCGCCCAUGUCUGCAGAUGGACGCAGAUUCAAUCGACACAUCUCAAUACACCCAUGUCAUGUUUGCCUUUGGCAACAUCACAGCCGAUUUCUCUAUCAAUGUUUAUGGGUAUGAAGACCAACUAUCAGAAUUCCUAGCGCUUGAAAAUAUUAAGCGUAUGAUGUCCUUCGGUGGCUGGGAUUUCUCUACCGGCGUGGACACCUAUAUGAUCUUCCGUGAGUGUACUUCUGCUACAUACCGGUCUACUUUAGUGACAAAUGUGGUUAAUUAUAUCACUGACACCGGUCUUGACGGCGUGGAUUUUGAUUGGGAGUAUCCAGGUGAGACAGAUACUGAAGGUAUUCCAGCUGGAAGCAGCGAUGAAGGUGACAAAUUUCUUGCAUUCCUCAAAGAUGUUCGAGAAGCAUUGCCCAGUGAUAAAAUUCUGUCUAUUACGGCUCCAGCUUCAUACUGGUAUCUACAGAACUUUCCUAUUGCUGAAAUGGCAGAGGUUGUGGACUUUAUCAAUUACAUGACCUACGAUCUGCAUGGAGUGUGGGAUAAGGGAAAUGAAUGGGCAGAGGAUGGUUGUCCAGCCGGUGACUGUCUCUUCUCCCACAUCAAUAUGACAGAGACCGAAUGGGCUCUGGCUAUGUUAACUAAGAGUGGAAUUGGAACCAGCCAAAUCAUGGUAGGCGUUUCCAGCUAUGGUCGUUCGUUCGAGAUGUCUGAGGCAGGCUGUUAUAAUUCCAACUGCACGUGGACUGCUGCAGGAGAAGCAGGUGAAUGUACUGAAACUGUUGGAUACAUUUCAAAUGCAGAGAUCAACCAAAUCCUUCUAACAAACACCAACUCAAAUCUCUACUCGGAUGGAAAUGUGACCAAUUUCAUCGUCUAUAAUGAUACCCAAUGGGUUGGUUAUAUGACUAACGAGACCAAGGGCAAGCGCGCAACUUAUUACGAGGGCUGGAAUUUUGCCGGUACAGCAGAUUGGGCCAUUGACCUCGCGGAGUUUGUGGAUAACGAGAUUGCCGCUGCAGCUGCCUCAGAAAGCUCAGGGGCUCAAGCAACAAUUACGAUCGAUCCUGAAGUUUGGGGGGAAUCAAGUCCUGCCGCCACUUGUGCACCUCCUUGUCUGAUGGUCAUGCCUCCUCUGCCUCUGACGUCAAACACUACCAUUUCCUUCGACCCAUGGAGCACUCAUGUCACUUACAGUUCUGUCGGAACAUCCACUACCGCCUUGAGAGAUGGAAGUUCCACUACAUUUAAUUAUUAUAGCAGUGUUUUAGUCCCAUACGUGAUCAACCUUGGUCCUGGUAUGUAUCAUGUUACCCUUCGGAUCGUACCUUCAUGGAGAACCAAAAUACUAAUGUGGCGAUACAGUGAGAACUGA